AUGAUAGAUGGUAAGAUAGAGGAAUUGAAAAGUAAAAUAGGUAAGGGCCAUGGUGUUUCAGGUUUUGCUAAGGCCAUUGGGAGAGUGCGGGAUGGGCUGGAGAGGUAUGAGGAUGAAAUGAAGAGCUUAAAUGAUGCAGUUAUAGGUCAUUCAGAAUCCACUAUAGAGCAGCUUAAACACCAGAUUGAUGACAAUAUUGAAGCCAUUGGUAAGUUCACUGAAGUUGAUCAGUAUGAUGAGUAUGUCAGGACAUGGCAUGGAACGGUAACUCAAGGCUUAGAUGAGAAUGUUACCGAGAUUCAAAAGGCCAUUAAAAAGCUUGAUGAACCGCUGCGUAAGCUGCUAAAAAAUGAUUUUGAGAAGAUUAAGCAAGAAGUUUCGACGAUUAGAAAAUCGGCCAAACGGGAUGAGUUUCAUAUGAGGGGGUUGGGGGAUCAUGUGACAAAGAAGCUUAAUAGGCUGAGAGAGAAUGUUGACAAAAGGGUGACCGAUCAUAUGAGAGAACUUAAAAAUAAGUUGGCUAAAAACAUUAGAGCAAUGCAGAGACAGGUUAGUGAUGUUUACAGUAAGUUGGGGGGGUACGUUAAGGAGUUGCAAAAAUGGAUCGACACGGCCAAGGAGAUUGUGGAUGCUGCGGUGACCAAGGUGGAAUCUAUUUUAAAUGUGGUUAAGCAUGACACAAUGGACAAGAGUGAUCAGCAUAGGGGUGUUACCGAUGCUGCGGAACAGUUGAAGCAGCAUGCUGAAGAACUUUACGGUGCUGGAAAGGCUGUUCAUGGUGGGAUCGUUAAAUGGGUAAGUGACGCUACAAAACAGAUACCAUGCUUGGAGAAGGUUUACAAGGAAAAAUUAGUAGCAGUUAGAGAUGCUGUAAGAGCGACUAUGAGUAGGGUAGAAGAUAAGAUUAAGGCAAUUUGCCAACCCAUAGGCGCUGUGCGUAACACGGUAGAAGAUUUUGUGUCAAAGAUUACAGAGCAAAUUGUUGAGGAGAGUAAGAAUGCUCUACAUGGUGGUUCAAAUCAUGUUGUAAAUAAGUAUCAUCAAUAUGUCGACGAUUACAUUAAGAACUUCGAUAGGUCUGUAGAUAGAUGGGUUCAGGACGCAGUUCAGAAUUCAGGAUUACCCAGUAUCAUAUAUCUCCAUGUUACCGGCGCAAAUGUCAACCCAGAUUGGAAGAAAAUAUCAGCGGCUACCAAAAACGGUAUGCAGAAGAUAAGUCAAAUGGUAAAGGGAGCUGGACAGAAGCCCAUUGCCGCAGAGGGAGACGUCAAAACCACACUGAAUAAUAUCAAAGCUUUUUUUGAUAAAGUUCCGAGCGAGGUUCAACCAGCUAAGGCGAGUGAAAUAGUAGCGGCAAUAAACCAGAAUCAAGAUAGUUCCAUAUCUCCUUCCGCCUACACCCUUGAGCUCGAAAAUGCAGUCAAAGCAGUCCUUGCAUCUAUUUCUUCCAAAGCCUCUGCUGCCUCUGAAGACAUCAAAACCUUGACAGCGGAACAGAAUAUCAGCGAAAUAAAGAAAUCUCUCACAAAUCCUUCAACUCUCGUUGCUAAACUUGGAAAGGUAGAGGCCAAAGCUGUUGAUGACGCUCUUCAGAAGGUGACGGAUAAGCCACUUAAGGGUAUUGAUAAGAGCAAUGAGGGUGUCAUAACUAUAAGCGAUAUAAACUAUUAUGGUUAUGAUUUGGCUGAAAGAAGCCUUAGAAGCGCUAUUUCAAACGUUGAUUCACAGGUCAGAAAAGCAUUGAGCAAAAUUGAAAAACUCAAAGAAAACGCUUUACAAAAACACCAAGAGGUAGGGGAACGCCUCAACGCCCUCUGCACAGCAGUCGAGCAAGUAGCUGGGAAGCCAUACAACGAAGGUACUUUGAAAAAAUUGUUAAAUGAUUUCAAAACUACCAAAAUUGCCACUGCGCUCAACAAGAUCAGGAAACAGUUUAGCGAACUGCAAAGCGAAAGCAUCGUUCAACUGAAUCAAGCCGUCAACACUCUCCUCUCCGAUACCCUUCCCAAGCUGGCCGCUUCUACCAUCGAGGAGACAAACAAGUAUCUCGGCAAACAAGUGGAAAGCGCAAUAAAGGACAUCAAGAAUUUAGCCUUAAAACGCUAUGCCUUGUCAAAAACUGGCGAGCUUACCGAAUUGAAUAACUUCGUCGACGCCCGCCGUCUUGCCAUGACCAAGAUCAUCGACGAGGACAAGGCGUCCGGAAUUAAGGGCCUGUUGGGGAAUAUGAAGAAUGGAAUCGAACAGUUCGAAGAUUUUGACACGGAUCUGGAACUGCACGUAGCGGCAUCACAUGUUUCGGACUACUUAAAACAAUUUAUGGAUGCCGUUAAAGGGCAACCGGACACGAAAUCCGUUGCGUCGAAUUUUGACAAACUGCAUAGGCCGCUCGAGAAAUUACUCGACGACUUUGAAACGUCACAAUAUUUCGAUAACACAUUUUGCAAUAACGUAAAAUCACUUAACGAUGCCGUAGAGUCGUUGGUACCUGAACGCUUUUCGGGCCCGAUCAGUCAGCCGCUGGACGUGCUCAAAGAUGGUGUGAAAGCAUUUGCGGGCGAAGUCGGCAAGGCGUACAUUAACGCCUACGAGGGGUGUCAGCCGAUCGAUCAGUGGGUGACUCAAAGCGCUGAGCAAAAUGCUGGGCAAAAUGGUAACCAAAUGGACAACCAAAAAGAGAAGUUGACAGAUGAUGGAAAGUGUGGCGCCAAGGUCUGUCUCACGAUUUUUAACACUAUUUACGAAUAUGUUACCAACUUGAAAUACGAGUGUGAAAGUCACUGGCAAGGCAAAAAGCUCUGUAAAUCAGAUGCUAACGGAAAGAACUUUCUUGGUUUGUUCCUCCAGCAAUGUGGUUUUGACAUUGCCAAAGAUGACAAUUCGAAAGAAGGCGAAUCGCAAUGUAGAGUCAGUAUGACGGCUGAAAAUAUUAUUACAAAACUUUCGCAGUUCACGGUUUCUAUUGCAUCCAGGUCCAAUAGCAGUCCCCUAAUUGAAACCAUCACAGAUAUUUUUGCUCACCUAGAAACUUACAACAGGGUGUGCCACUACACCAUACUGAAUUCACCUAGAUAUCCAUGUUCAGUGUUCGACAUGUUGUCGUGGCUUUGCAGCCUUCAGUACAACACAUAUUACGAUAAGCUCCGAAACCAGUGUAAUGCUUUGAUUAAAGAUGAGAAAGAUGGCGCACAUAAGAAGAUAAUAUCUGCGUUGGCAUCAUUUCACUUACCAGCAAUGUUCACUCCAACAUAUCAUUUGUUACUUACAAUUGCCGGAUACGGCGACGCUUCCACGUACUACGGUUGUGAUUAUUUAUCCAAUACGCUUGGUUUAUAUUACCCAUCUAACACCAACGGUUGCUUUGACAUGCUGCACGACAUACUUAGUAGAUUGUGUCCUGUGCUUACAUUUUUGCUUAGUCAAUGCCGUCUCGAUAAGUCGUGUUUUGGUUGGGCCGACUGCAAAUUUGGUAACGGUGUCCAAACGUCCGACUGGCAGUGCGGCCCACACGGUGGCGAGUUGCCAUCUUCUAACGGCGACUGUUGCAUAAGUUCUCCACUGCACUCAUACCUGACUGACGCCCUGAGAGGCAUGUUGCCUCACACCGUCACAUCCAUUAAAGGCAAACCUGUAUGUUCCACGUGUAGUAAGAGCACAGGUAACAUGCCAUGUUUGACGCCACUCGGGUUCAGAAGUUUCUCCGGUAGUACGCGUAGAGGUAGAGACUUAUGUUCAUUGCUUGACGAUAUCUGUAGUAACAGUGGUGUCCUUACCAAGGUCUAUUCCCAUAUGUCAAGCAUUGUUUCUCUCCCUCCUAGAACUCUACCUGAUGUAUUCUCGUUCCAGUGUAGACUUCCACGGUAUUGGCACAAAAUGGAUCAGGCAUCCGCAAAACUGGAUCCCAUCCAGCAAGCCAUCUGUGAUAAAGUUACACAAACAGUAGCGUGCGACAUUGACGAUGCUAAGAAGCUUCUUAAUCCUUGCUUGGAAUUGUAUAAUUCCAAAUCGCAUAAAUCCCACAACUUCAAUGAACAUCCCGAUCUCAAAUACCUUCUGGGCUGCGGUGAAAACAACUGCGGCAACUAUCUCCGACCACUCAACCGUUCGGCAUACUACACUUUGACUCCAAAGCACGCCGAUAAACACCUUGCAUGGUUGGUUCACGUAACUGAACAGACCGUUACCCUAUUGACCAAGCUUGUUGAAGAAUUGCUAUCCAUAUCAUGCCAUGAUUACGGCUGUCAAGGAUGCCAUCAUGAAGACAAAUGCAUCCCUAAUAAACAUGGUAGGCAAGAAUGUGGCUGCGAAUCUGUCGUUCAUUGCCAAGCUGUGCUACCUGUAUUAUAUAAAUAUGGGUUCACAUAUGGCAACGUUAGGCACCUGGCCAUCAUGAAAACAUGCAACGAUUUAGUGGAACAUCUAGAGCAGGUUAAAAAAUCGAAGCAUAUGGAAGCAUGGUUGAAAGCUAUCGACAAUUUCAUCUGGGCCAUUCGUACACCCUUCUCCUACCUCUUGUUAGCCCUCUGGUCCCUCUCUUUGCUCUACCUGCUGCACAUCGCCGUCGUCCGCCUCGACGUCCUGAGGAUACGCUCCCACCUGAGAUCACCCUCAUCGCACCGCAUCGCCGCGCAGUCCCUCCUCGCCGCCGCACGCGUCAAGGCACUCGCCAACGUCAAGUACUUCUCACCAUAA